AGUGUACCUUUCUACUCUGCAGAGGCUGGAAAGCCAAAAAUGAUGACUAAGACUUCCUUGCAGUGGCUGUGCCAUUUUGAAUUUCCACUGGCAUUGAAUGAGAGUCCCUGUUCCACAUCCUUGGCAGCAUUUUGUGGUGUUAACGUUUUGGAUCUUAGCCAUCCUCAUAGCUGCUGAUACAGAAGCCUGAGGGAACCCACUCACCCUACCUCCUUCUCCAACAGAGCAGAGCCAGGAAGGACCCGGAUGGAAGUUAGGACAAAGAGGCCCAGAAUUGGCACAGAUACCAACAGACCAUUCGUUGAAGAAGAAAUCCAAGUGGCCAUAAGAACCCUAGAGAUGAAGGGCUUCCUCCCACUGGCUUGGUUCCUGGCUUGUAGUGUGCCUGCUGUGCAAGGAGGCUUGCUGGACCUAAAAUCGAUGAUCGAGAAGGUGACAGGGAAGAAUGCCCUGACAAACUAUGGCUUCUACGGCUGUUACUGCGGCUGGGGCGGCCGAGGAACCCCCAAGGAUGGUACCGAUUGGUGCUGUUGGGUGCAUGACCACUGCUAUGGGCGGCUGGAGGAGAAGGGCUGCAACAUUCGGACACAGUCCUACAAAUACAGAUUCGCGUGGGGCCUGGUCACCUGCGAGCCUGGGCCCUUCUGCCAUGUGCAGCUCUGUGCCUGUGACCGGAAGCUCGUCUACUGCCUCAAGAGAAACCUACGGAGCUACAACCCGCAGUACCAAUACUUUCCCAACAUCCUCUGCUCCUAGGCCUCCCCAGCGAGCUCCUCCCAAACCAAGACUUUUGCUCUGUUUUUCUACAACACAGAGUUCUGACUUGGCUGGGUUCCUGAGAGAGGCUCCUAAGUCACAGACCUCAGUCUUUCUCGAAGCUUGGAGGACCCCCAGGGCCACACUGUACCCUCUAGCAAGUCCCAGGAGAGUGACUCUGGUCAUAGGACUUGGUAGGGUCCCAGGGUCCCUAGGCCUCUACUUCUGAGGGCAGCCCCUCUGGUGCCAAGAGCUCUCCCCCAACUCAGGGUUGGCCACGUCUCUUUUCUUCUCUGAAGACAGCGUCCUGGCUCCAGUUGGAACACUUUCCUGAGAUGCACUUGCUUCUCAGCUUCUGCGAUCAGAUUAUCACCACCGCCACCCUCCAGAGAAUUUUUACACAGGAAGAGCCAAAUUGACUCUCUAAAUCUGGUGUAUGGAUAUUAAAUAAAAUUCAUUCUCAAGGCUAAUAAAAACCACAUAGACAUUUUC